GGGGCGUGCCUUUCCGUGCAGUCCGGCAGCCGUUACCGGCUCUUUCCGUUGCGUGACGUAACUGGAGAGUGGAUGGCGCUGUGUGUGCGGAGGCUCCGAGGGGCACCAGGACUGGGAAGCCGAUGGAGGAACGGGGUCCGCGGUGCAGGGGGAGCGGCCGGGAGACCCCGGGAGGGUAGCAGGGCAAGUGAGGGAUGGAAGAAGCUCCGUGAUGUCACCUGGUCCCCGGAACUGAGCGUCUGUCAGCGGAUCCCUGUACCUCAGAGGCGUCCAUUCCCUCCAAAAGCCUCCAGUGCACUCCCCCCCGGCAAGCCGAGGAUACCGUACCCGCUGGGUGCCGGAUCUAAAGCCCUGCGCGGCCUCCACGACGUUUUAGAACAGAAUAAGGGGCACCUGCUGCCCCCUGAGGAGCCGUCUCCCCCUCGGCCCUUCCCCCAUCCCGCGUACCCGCUGGGGGGAGAGUACCGGCAUCUGAGCAGCGCCCAACUAGACUGUUUCCGGAGUCUCUUUGAACCGGGGGUUUGCCGGACACCGUACCACCAGGCUGCGGCGCCCCCUGCUCCCGGGAGACCGGAUGGAGUGUUAGCUUUUCAGCUCAGUGAGAAAGUGCGAGCGAGUCCAUCGCCAGGAGGGAGCCCACCGGACAUGGAGCAGCACCUGGCGCUGAUGCACGCCAAGCUUCGGGAAGAUCUGCCGAAGUUCCUGCUGCGGAAUCUGGAUUAUUCCGUGUACCGGAAGGACGUGGAGUUUGUUAGCAGCGUGCUGCACAUACGCACCCGGGGUCUCGUUCUCUACCAGCUGCUGCUGUCUCUUUCCCGGUUGCUGUUCUUGUCUUAUUUCUCCAACACGAGGGUCUCUGUCCUAAAGCUGACGACUCACCCCGAGACGUGCAGCAUCCAGGCCCGCUGGUCCGUCUCCGGCCUCCCCAUGCACUCGCUCUUCUUCUAUGUCUUCCGGUCUGACAAGUCUGAGUUGUACAGGACGUAUGAUGCUCACUCCACCUUUUACCUGGCUUCUGAUGGUCUGAUAUGUCUACAUAAACUGGAGCGGGUGAUGCCAUCUGAGCCGCUCGCCGUUCCCAAGAAGACCAUUCUCGCUGCUGCCCUCAUAGCUCUGGGUCUAGGAGAGGACCGGCCUGCCCUGAAUCUCCUGUUUUCCUGUAAAAUACCCCACAAACUCUGAUAUCCGUCACGUCUGCCCGCUCCCCUCGCAUGCUGCUGCCCCCCGGAAAAAUAUACGAUAAGGAGAGACGGACUGGCGGGGGAAGCGCUGUUCACAUUAAAACGAAACGUUUCACGUGUUGAAUGUAACGAUCAGCAGGGCCCCGUUCUCCAUAUUAAUAGCCGUCUUAUCAACCUGCCUCUUCCGAGCUGGCGUACAACUCCCACAACCCUCUGCCAGCCAUCUGGGUAUUUUAAUUGGCUGGAGCUCUGAAAUUCCCCCACAUUGUGGCUUUCUGGGGGGGGGGCAGCCUCAUUGGUCAUCUGCGUGCAUGCACUGCGGGAGGCUGGUUACCCCGCGCGCUUCUGUGUCUCCCGUUGAUGAUCCGCACUGCGUCGUCUGCCUGCGCGACCGUUCGGAAUGGCCUGUGGAUGUGUAACAUAUACUGUACAUAAUUAAAUUAUAACAAAGUGCUCCGAC